CUGUUCAGAUAUGGAGGAUACCAGUUUGGAUAUUGGGCUGACCAGCUCGGAGAUGGUCGAGCUCAUCUACUCGGAGAAUAUAUUAAUAGGAAAGGGGAGAGAUGGGAACUACAGCUUAAGGGUAGCGGGAAGACUCCAUAUUCUAGGUUUGGAGAUGGUAGAGCCGUAUUAAGGUCGUCUGUGCGUGAAUUCUUGUGUUCUGAAGCCAUGCAUCAUCUGGGUAUUCCCACAUCUAGAGCGGCCACGUUGAUAGUAACAGAUGAUCCAAUACCCCGGGAUAUGUUCUACGACGGUCGGCUAAAGAACGAGAGAGGAGCUGUAGUGCUCAGGGUUGCACCAACAUGGUUCAGAUUUGGCAGUUUUGAGAUACUGGCUAAAAACCACGAGUUUACUGAGCUGAAAAAACUUGCAGAUUUUAUUCUGGAAAAUUCCUUUAAGCACAUACAAGAGAAAGGAGAAGACGGAUAUAUCGCAAUGUUCUCCGAGGUGUGUGAGAAAACUGCGGCCAUGAUCGCUGGCUGGUCGACUGUAGGGUUCGCCCAUGGGGUCAUGAACACUGACAAUAUGAGCAUAGUUUCUGUUACAAUCGACUACGGACCAUUUGGAUUCAUUGAUGAGUACAAUCCCAGCUUUACACCUAACCAUAGUGAUGAUAUGGGUCGAUAUGAUCUAGAAAACCAGGUUAAUAUUGGAUUAUGGAAUCUGGAUAAACUAGCGACAGCUCUUAAACAUCUUCUGUCUGCAGAUAAACAUCCUCAGCUAGAAAUUAUACUUCAGGGAUAUGGGAAACAUUUUCAGGAAACUCAGCUUACACUCUACAGGAAGAAACUAGGCCUACUAACGAAGGAAGACGAAGAUGAAUCGCUAAUAAAUCUUCUCCUUGAUAUAAUGCAGAGAACACAAGCAGAUUAUACACAAACUUUCAGAGAUAUCAGUGAGAUAAGCCUGGAUGAUCUCGAAAAUAUCCGUGUUCCUGACUCUGCUUGGGGAUUAAAAACCUGUUUAAAAAGUAAACAAACCAAUGAGUUUAUUUCUGCCUACGCUGACCGGGUGAAGAGGGACGGGCUGGAGGACGAGAUAAGGCUACAGAAUAUGCAGGAUGCGAACCCGAGAUAUAUACUCCGGAACUGGGUUGCGCAGGCAGCAAUAGAGAAGGCGGAGCAGGAUGAUUUCUCCGAGGUUCAGUUUCUCCUUAAACUACUGCAGAAUCCAUUCAGAAUUAACUUGGAAGCAGAGAAAAAAGGUUAUGCCAGCCCACCUCCAAGCUGGUCAAAGAAACUAGCAGUCAGCUGUUCUAGUUGAGAUGUAAAAACAAGCUAGCAGUCAGCUGUUCUAGUUGAGAUGUAAAAACAAGCUAGUAGUCAGCUUUUCUACCUUAGAUAUAUUAGCACGCUAACAGUCAGCUGUUCUAGCGGAGUACAUCAUAGUAAACUAAUUGUGUCAGCUGUUCUAGCUGAGCUGGGUUUUGAACUAUUUAUAACUGUUAAUCAUACAACUUCUUGUUUUACUCUUCAUAAAUUCACUCUGAAGGAAAAAUCACGUGACAACCUUUCACUGUAUGUCUUAUUUAUCUCCAGUUAAAGCAUAUAAAAUAACUAAAAAUUUUAAGUUUUUCGUCGAGAUUAUAUUAAAAAUAUUUUCAGAUUAAAACCUUUAAAAUUUUCCACCACAGUGUACUGAGUAUGGGGGAGGGAGGAAGUAGAGAUGGGGCUUUAGCUCAGAGGGACGAGUAUGGUCUAAUGGACUGGACUGACCAACUAG